AUGCCUGCCGACGCUCCCCCUAUCUUGGACUUCUCAGUAUUUUAUGGAAAUGACGAGAAAGCCAAAGCGCGUCUAGUUCAGGAAGUGAAGGACUGUUGCUUGCACAAUGGAUUCUUCCAGAUUGUCGGUCACAAGGUUCCGGCUGAGUUGCAAGAGAGAACACUGAAAUGUGUCAAAGAGCUGUUUUCUUUACCCCAAGAAGAAAAGAACAAAGUGCACAAGGACAAAACCACGUGGAAUAGGGGGUACGAGAAUCUAGGUUCUCAAAUCUUAGAAGCUGGUACUCGGCCAGAUAUGAAAGAAGGUUUUUAUAUCGGCGAGGAAAUCUCAAAAGACCACCCGUACUUUGUCCAAAAGAAGCUCAACAGUGGUCCCAACCAAUGGCCAACAGGGUUGCAAAACCGGGAAAACUUCGAGACUACGUCAAUGGAAUACUACAAUGCCAUGCAUGGCCUUGCUAAAGAUGUCCUUGCCGUUUUAGCCCAGACGCUAGAUUUGAAGGAGGAUUACUUUCAAGCCUUUGCCACCGAUGCAGUUGCGACCUUGAGAUAUCUGCAUUACCCUCCCCAGCCUAAAGACUCAGAUGAGAAGCUGUCGAGAGGGAUUGGCGCGCAUACGGAUUUUGGAUCUGUGACAUUGCUGAUGCAAGAUGAAGCUGCCGGGCUCCAGGUAUGGGAGAAAGCUACAAACGAAUGGCUAGACGUAGCUCCUACGAAAGGCGCUUAUGUCGUGAACUUGGGCAAUAUGUUCAUGCGCUGGUCCAACGAUCGAUACAUCUCAAACUUGCACAGGGUUAUCAACAAGUCUGGCCAGGAGCGUUACUCGGUGCCCUUUUUCUUCAGCGGGAACCCAGAUUAUGUGAUCAGCUGCUUACCGAAUUGUCGGAAGGAGGGCGAGGCUGCUAAAUACCCACCGACGACUGUUGAAGAAGCUGUCGGAGGAAGUUAUUCGGCCAGUUAUGGGGCUGCGAAAACUUUCAAGGAACAGAAAGCCAUGCCUGUUACCGCGCAGCCCGUUGCGGUUUGA